UGAGAAUUAAGGAUUUGAAUAUUGCAAGUGGGUGGAGCCAGCGUGAAGGAGGAGCAUUGAAUUCCAAGUUUGCAGAGAUAUAUAAGGGCAGGUCUUCUGAGUAGAAUUAAAACAGCCAGAGGAUUUAGCAAGUUACAGCAACCCUCUGGAUUCCUGGUUAUCCAGUACAGGAACAUACUCCAAUAAAUUCAGAACACACAAAUGGCGGAAGGUCCCUCCUUGCAUCCAAAACUCCAAGUGGAUUCGAAUAUACCCAUAGAAAUAAGUUCCCAAAUACCUCAAGAACCGGCAAGGAACUUAGCUUUUCAAAUGCGUCAGAGUCCCCUAGUGACCCCAGGAAGUACAACGAAAUCAAGUCUUUCAGUCCCUGAAAGGAACCUACUUAAGCAAGAGUCUGAAGGACCAUCAAGACAAUCAGGUUGUAUGCCACUGUCAGAUAAAUAUGUUAACAAACAAACUAGCCCAAUGGCUUCAAGAAAGUUUCGAAAAGAACGAACUGUGUACACCAAAGAAGAGCAGGGCCUGCUGCAAAAACAUUUUGAUGAGUGCAGUACCCAAACAAGAAGAAAAUUGUGGAGCUGGCACUAUCAGUUGGUGUUACAAAGAGGGAGAUUAAGAUAUGGUUCAAGAACAACCGAGCUAAGUACAGGCAGAUGAACCUCCAGAAUAUUGAACAAGCACUGCCAGAGUCAAAUGGAAGCUCUAAAGCGGUUUCUGAGUCAACCCAUUUUCCUGUUGUUGCCUCUGACAAUGGAGAGUCCAUGUGUUCAGGCACAUUUGGUGAGGAUUCCAUUCCCAAAUUCAACUGCAGCUAGGAAUCUUCCCUGCAUUGUUUUCAGGCCUGAGAUGGGGCCAUGUGUUGUACGCAAGAAUAUGUGCUUGAUGGCCAUACCCCUGUUACAGCUUGGAACUCUGGUCAAUCAGCAGCAGUUGAAUAUCACACUUAGCAGUAGCUGAAGCUCCAGUCGGGCUGGCAUAUGCUGCCCAAGCCCCAGAGGAUGCUCACAAUUCAGGUCCAUCUGCAGACAAGCUCUGGCAAAGGAUCCUUGAAGACUUUUGACACAUCAGAUGACUGUCUUGCCAUGAGAAACCCCUCCACUCCAGCUUACACCUCUCAGGUCCUUGACGAGUCCAACCUUACAGCCAUGAAGAAGUGUGUUAUAUACACCUUUAUUCUCUGUAUUUGGAGAAAUAACCAGUCUUAUCUGUAGAAGCAUCAUACCACUGUGUUUUAUGUAGUGCGAUUGUUUGAAAUUCAGUUUAGGUCUUAAUUUUUUAUUGUUAGAGUAUAUGUUCAUUAAAUAAAAGGAGAAAAUAGUACUUUUAAAA